AUGACGACCAUAUGGAACCCAGAAAGAGUACUAGACUUACAGCGUAUCUCCCCACAGCAAGAAGGAUGGCGCUGCGUCGGCAUCCUACCAGCAGAGGCAAGGAACACGGCAUCCUCAGACACAGAGGGAAAGGCUGCCUCCAGUCCGGCCCGGUGCAGCCACCCGCUACGACAGGCCGACAACAAUACAAUCCGCCGGCUGCUCGCGGAGAUGGCCCAUGAGAUGCCGGACCAGGUCGACUACAACAUGCUCCUCCACUUAGCCCGCGCCUGUCUCUGUACAGACGCGUCGCCGGAGCCUCACAGGGGUAGGCACGAGGCUAGAGUCAUCUACGGGUGGACGGAGAUGAUGGGCAUGGAGGCGUGCCGGAUCCGCGAAAGCGUGCGGUCGAGUCUGGGAAAUCUGGGCGAGGAGGCGGCUCCAAAAUCCAACUCUAAAACAGAAUUCGGAUCAGGGACAAACGCAGCCAUCGCCGGUCCGUCUUCACCACAGCUUGACCAUCCCUUGGACCUACCGGGGCGGCCCAGGCUCAAAUCUGUCACGGCG